GUGGAAAUCCUGGCUAUCCUACACAGCUCUAUUAGCCUGCUCUGUUCUACGCAACUGCUCCAGGCUCGGAGACACGCCGAGAAUCAGACUCACUCACAAUCACAAUCACACUCACACUCUCACACAGACACACACACACACACACACACACACACACACACACACACACACACACACAAAAACACAUAUACCUCUCCUGGAGCUCCUGCAGAACCAGAGGGGGAGAAAAGAGGGUGGAAGAAUUUGGCCCCAAGUCCUGCAGCUGCCUUCAAACUGCUGGGAUGAGGUGGUGGCUUUUGGUGGCCAGUUUGUGGACGCUGGUGUUCCUGACAAUCCCAGACGCCCAUGCCAGGAACAGACCUCGCAACCAGGUCGGUGAGACCCGCCGGGAAAAGAGGAAGAGGGACGGACAGGGUCAUGGGCAGGCCAGAGCGGGGAGCUCCAGACCUCUGAAGAUCAGACUUGUCCCUGGUCCCAGUGUUCCAGUAGAGCCCAGAGAAAACCAAGGAAAAACUCUGUUCCUGGAGUCCUAUAAGAACCUUCAAGAACAGCACUCCAGCUACAACAUCAUCCCAGGUAAACAGGGCCAGUGUGUGUACCAGGGUCUGACCAUGUUCGACCAGGCCUUCUGGUCUCCAAAGCCCUGUGUGACUUGUCUGUGUACCGGAGGGCGGGUGGUUUGUGACGAGAUCACCUGUCCCAAAAUGCACUGCCACUUCCCCUUCACCCCCGCUGGGGAAUGCUGCCCCAUCUGCAUGGAGCAAGACCCUGACCUCAGCCUUGACCUUUCUGGUGACUCCCCAGUUCCCAGUGACCCCGGGGAGUCUGUGACCCCACUGACCCAGGAAGAGAUCCAGCGAAUCCUCUGGCGAGAGGAAGAGGAGAUCCAUGAGGAGGAGGAGCGCAUGAGGAAGAAGGAUGAGGCGAGGAAGAAGAGGAGGAAGCAGAGGAAGGAGCAGGCAGAGAGACAGAGAAAGAUAGUGGAGGAGAGGAGGAGAGAGGAGGAGGAAGCCCUGAAGCUGCAGGUGGAGAGAGAGGAGGAGUGGAGCAGGCAGUUGGAGGAGAGGAGGAGGCAAGAAGAGGAGAUGAGGAGACAGGAGGAGGAAGACAGGAGGCGGAAGGAGGCAGCAGAGAGAGAAGCAAGGGAGAGGGAAAGGAAGCUAGAGGAGGAAAGAAGGAGACAGGAGGAGAUUCUGAGGGAAGAACUACUGGCUCUGGAGGAGGAGGAGGAAGAGGAGGAGGAGGAGGUGCGGCUGAGAGGAGAUGUGUUUCAGAUGCUCCCAAAAGAACCUGAAGAACCUGAGGAACCAGAUGUCCUCCCUGCGCCAAUCCCAAGACCCCCUGCUGCGACAGAGGACGGACUGAAAGAAGUGAAGGCAGAGGUGGAGGAAGUAGAGGAGUUGGAGGAGGAAGAGGAGGAAGGGGAGGAGAGGGAGAUGGUGUUGGUAGUGAACAGAGGAGGCCUCCCUCCAGGCUGCGACAUCUCUGAUGUCACUGUGACAUGUGAGAACGCCAAUCUCAUCCACUUCCCUCCUCUGGCUAUCCCUGAGCUCAAAUCUCUCAGUCUGGAGGGCAACAACAUCAGCAGCAUCCCAGCAGAAGCCUUCAAUGGCAUCCCCAACCUGGAAUGGCUCAACCUGAAGAAAAACAAACUCACCUCUGCCAGCAUUGAUGCUAAAGCCUUCAAAGGUCUGAAGAUGCUGAGACGUCUGUACUUGGAUGGGAACCUCCUAGAAGCCGUGCCCUCUGACCUCCCCCCAACCCUGCAGGAGCUAAAGAUCAGUGAGAACAAACUGAGAAGGAUCAACAAAAACAGCUUCCAAGAUCUGAGCAGCCUGGUGAUUCUGGAGCUGGAAGGCAAUCUGCUGAGUGAGGGGAUUGUAGAUCCUCUGGCCUUUGCUCCUCUCACCCAGCUCUCCUACCUCAGACUGGGCAGAAACCACUUCCGCACCAUACCACAGGGCCUUCCAAUUUCACUACUGGAGUUGUACUUGGAGAACAACCUUAUUGAGGAAAUCUCAGAAACAGUUUUCAAUCAGACCACAAAUCUGAAUGUGGUUUGUCUGAGACACAACAGGCUGGAUGAGACCAGGAUCGCCCCGAUGGCUUGGUUCAACCACAGAAAUCUGGAGUCCAUCGACCUUUCACAUAAUGACCUUUACCUAGUUCCGUCCUACCUGCCCAGAUCUCUGGUCCAUCUAGUGCUGGUGGGAAACAACAUAGAGAGGAUACCUGGUUACGCCUUUGCCCACAUGGACCCUGGUUUAGAGUACCUCUACCUCUCCUACAACAAACUGGAUGGGGAGGGAAUCGAACCUGAGUCGUUCUUCGGCUCGUAUCACUCCAUGGUGGAACUGUGUCUGGAUCACAACCAGCUGGUCACUGUGCCGUCUGGCAUCAACGAGAUGACCAACCUACACUUCCUCAGACUCAACAAUAACAGGAUCAGGAGUAUACCUGAUGAAGGCAUUUGUGACCCGAACCACAAUGGAGACUCCACUUUGGUGGCACUGAGGCUGGAAAACAACUACAUUGACCCCCAGAAGAUGUCACCGACAGCCUUCUCCUGUGUACGCUCCUCCUCAAGUGUGGUCUUAAAGCCCCAGAAAACCAAGUGACCAGAGUACACACGAAACCAAAAACUAAAAGACACUUGCUUGUACCCCCAGAAACACAGGGGUUAAGAUUUUGUUUUUUAAUGUGCCAAGAGAAAUUAAUGCCUAAGAUAGACUUCCCCCAACUUGCUUCCCCUAAUGCUGUAUGUCACUGAAAUAACACUCAAAAUAUUGAGAAAUUACUCUCACAAAGGCUCUCACAUUAUAGUCUGACAUACAGGCUGAACAUGGAAAAUAUACAUUUAAACAGUCUAAACACAGUUACUGCUGAUGUAAUUUGCCUUUUGUAUUGUCCUUUCAUAUCCUUUGAGUGAACCAUUACAAGCUGCUUAAAGUAAGAUUUUCUUUUCCUCUGGCCCUCAUACACUGUUUAAGGUCUGGUUUAAGGUCAUACACUGUCACCUGGCCAACCCUAAAAGAAUGAAGGUGACAGAACACGUUCAGACUUCAAAAUCAAAGACAUCUGUCUCCUUUAGAAAAGUGUUAAACUCUCUAAAAUGGAAAGAAUCCCUAUGCCAUGCACAUUAAAAUGAAAAUGCUAAUAAAGAAAUGGAAAGAAUUCUGUGAAGUGAGACCACAAGCCCAACAUUAUUUUUAACAACCUCAGCACCUUCAUGUUCCAUUUCUCAGCUCGGUUUCUUCCAGUUACUUCUUUCAUAAAAACUCUGACAUGGAAAGGAGUGUGAGUAGUGAGAUCAAAUGCGUGAUACAUCCUUCAAGCUCUUUGUGUUAAACAUUAAGAGCAGGUCAAAGGAUUAAGUUAAAGUGAGUGCUGCUGGAGAGCUAAAGCCUCUGAUGGAUAAAGAGAUGGAAGAUAUAAUGACAUGUCCGCUUAUUUCCUGCCACCUUUACAUUUAGGCUGACACAAGAAGUUAAUGGGAGUCUUGCCAUAUGCAGUUUUGUUUUAAAGUACAGCAUGAGAUUUUAUAUGUUGAUGGUACAUCUACAAUAUUAGAUGCAUGUAUUGUCCGUAAUCAGGCCAUAUUGUGCUUUAAUUACAUUCCCCACAGUAACUUUUUCACUUCAGUUUGUUACAUAGAGUAACGGUGGGAGACGAACAUACUGCUGGACUUGUCUUUUUACUGAAUAGGAGACUAUUCCAUGCAAUUGUUGUGUUUACGUGGUUUCAUUCACUGUUGAGCAGGGAUUGCAGUUAGCAGAAUGUUUGCUUUAGAAUUUCAUGGGGAUGAGCAUAUCCAUGUCGACUAUGUGGUCUGAGCAAACACAGUAAUUGGGAAAACACUCAAACAAAUGCCAUUGACCUUUAGUCCUCUCCAAGAACUCAGAAAAGAGUUGAGAUGUGGGUGGAACCAGUGGUUCCACCCACAUCUCAAAAGAACUCUGGAACCACUGGUUCCAGAGGUCUUUUCCCCCACUGUAAAAUUCCACUUCAAAGUUUUCUUUAGUGUUCCUCAGCACAGAAACACUACAGUCUGCUGGAUAAUUUAAUCAUACUAUAGGUCUAUGUUUAUGCUUCAACUAUCAACCAGUGUAACUGAACUGCAAUGCAUUAAUGAGUAAACAACAGCUUUGACGGUGAAUAAAAGAAGGCUUCUGCAACUUGGGAGAGUAAAUCCUGUAUGUUUGAAUGGUGAAGAUGUGGAUAAAAUGCUCUUACAGUACUUAUAGACUGUAACUUUGCUUAUGAUAAGAGCAUUGACUGGAUGUAUAGAAUGCCCAACAAUUUGAAAUUUAGGGGAAGAAAUGCUGUUUUAUUACAAAUACCGAAAUUGUUUGAAUAAUAUGCCCUUCAUUUUGCUCUUGGCUGGCCAACAUGUCUAAACAACAACCUACGAUGAUAUACUACAGUAUUUAUACGAUGCACAAUAAACUUCACUAUG